GGGGGGGGGGGGGGGGUGUCCCCGUGCGGUGCCGUGGGGGAAGUCCCGGAGGCCAGGACGGUGCCGGGGCUCGAUCCCGGUUAAUCAUCACCCGCUGACCUCUCGCCCCGGGGAACAAAGUCCCUCCGUGCCGCAGCCCGGCACCGGGCGGCACCGGGGGCGUUUCAGCAGCCCGCAGACCCCCCGCUCCCCACCCCCCAUCCCGGCACGGGGGGCAUUUCACCGGCCCCCCACCCCCCCCCGACCCCGGCGUGGGGCUGGGCCGGGGGCUCGCGGGGAGCCCAGCAUGUUCCAGACCCUGUACAGCUAUUUUUGGUGGGAACGGCUCUGGCUGCCGGUGAACCUCACCUGGGCCGACCUGGAGGACCGGGAUGGGCGAGUCUACGCCAAAGCCGCCGACCUCUACAUCACCCUGCCCUUGGCCUUCCUCUUCCUCGUCGUCCGGCACCUCUUUGAGACGUACGUGGCCACCCCACUGGCCGGGCUACUGAACGUCAAGGAGAAGAUCAGGUUAAAAGCCACCCCCAACGCCGUGCUGGAGAAGUUUUAUGCCGCCACCACCAAACACCCCAAGCAGGCCGACGUGGAGAUGCUCUCCAAGAAGAGCGGCUGCACGGUGCGGCAGGUGGAGCGCUGGUUUCGCCGCCGCCGCAACCAGGACCGGCCCAGCCUGCUCAAGAAGUUCCGGGAGGCCAGUUGGCGAUUCACGUUUUACCUUAUUGCUUUCAUUGCUGGCAUGGCUGUCAUAGUGGAUAAACCCUGGUUCUACGACCUCCGGGAGGUGUGGAACGGGUACCCCAUCCAGAGCAUGCUGCCCUCCCAGUACUGGUACUACAUGAUCGAACUCUCCUUCUACUGGUCCCUGCUCUUCAGCAUCGCCUCCGACGUCAAGCGCAAGGACUUCAAAGAGCAAAUCAUCCACCACGUCGCCACCAUCAUCCUCAUCAGCUUCUCCUGGUUCGCCAACUACGUCCGCGUGGGGACGCUCAUCAUGGCCCUGCACGACUCCUCGGACUAUCUGCUGGAGUCUGCCAAGAUGUUCAACUACGCCGGCUGGAGAAACACCUGCAAUAACAUCUUCAUCGUCUUCGCCGCCGUCUUCAUCGUCACCCGCCUGGUCAUCCUGCCUUUCUGGAUCAUGCACUGCACGGUGGUUUAUCCGCUGGAGCUCUACCCUGCCUUCUUCGGCUACUACUUCUUCAACUUCAUGAUGGCGGUGCUGCAGUCGCUGCACAUCUUCUGGGCCUACCUCAUCAUCCGCAUGGCCCAGAAGUUCAUAACUGGAAAGGUGGUGGAGGACGAGAGGAGCGACCGCGAAGAGACGGACAACUCGGAGGAGGAGGAGGAGGCGGCGGCGGCGAAGAACGGGCCCCUCUCCAACGGCCACCCCGUCCUCAACAACAACCACCGCAAAACCGACUGAGCGCCCUCGCCCCGUCUCUGCGCCCGCGGGGGCGGCCGGGGGCCCCGCCGGAGGCCAAAAACCCGUGAGAUGUCAAAUCCCACCGAUGCCACCCUCGCCAAGGUCCCCGUGUCCCCCCUCCAUCUUCUCCCCUCCCUGCUCCGACGGAGCAAACCGGGACUCCCCGGAGAGCCCCUCUCGGCCCCCAGCCCCCUCCGGAGUGGGGCCGCGGCUCCGGGGGUGGCAGCGGUCGCUGCUUCUCCACCUCACGCUCACCGUUGGUGCCCUUUUUCUGCCUUUCACCUGCUGCCUUAAUCCACUGCCGUGCCCCGGGACGGGCAGAGCGAGGAGGGCUCCCGCCGGCGUCCCCCCCGAACCCCCCGGCCCCUCGCCGGGCUCCAGCCCCACCGUUACUCCCCCCGUUUCCCGGGGCGGGGAGCGCGUCCUCAGCAGCUGCCUCUUCAAAUCCUGGGAAAAAGCCCCUUUCCCGGCCCGAGCCCUGCUCCGGCUCCGCCGCUCUGGGAGGGAUGGGGAGGGGGGAACGGGUCGUGUUCCGGGGGUUUCGGUGACGGCGUGACACUAUGGAAGUUCUUGGUGGGGGGGCGGGAGAAGGAAACCGCGGGGUUUAGUCACUACGAGCGUCUCACGGAGGAAUUUAAUCCCCUCGUUUUUCUUCUGUAAAUGGGUUUUGAGUCUUUCCCUCUCCGAGGCCUUUCCCGGUCCCUUCCCCCGGCUGUAACAGGACAAAUUUGCAACUGAUUUUUUUUUUUCUUUUUUUUUUUUUUCUCCUCUUUCUAUUUAUUUGGAAGACGGAAGGAGCCGGGCUUUGGCUCUGCCUCCCGCAUCCACCCGGGAUGCUGCGAGACCUCCCAGCGCGGAGGGGUUGGGGGGGCAGG